AUGAAACGCCUCAGACCGGGGCGGGACCGAACUCAGACCGGGGCGGAGCCUUCGGUCGAAGGGCGGAAGGUAGUGUCGGCGCCGGGGAGUCGCCGGCCGCCCGCCCUCGGCCGCAUCGCGGUGGUGAUGGACCAGGGCUCCGGCUUCGUAAAGACAGACUUCGCGGGCGAGGAACAGCCGCGCUUGGUGUUGAAGAGCUCCAGCCUGGUGCCCAGCUGGGACCGACCCGUGCUGCCCGGAGCACCGAGCUGCGAGCUGGCGGUCGGCGUGACGCGGGUGCACCCCAUCAAGCACGGCGUGGGGGUGGACUGGGAGGCGCUGGAGGGGCUGUGGGAGCGCCUGCUGGUGGGCUUACGGGUGUGCCAAGAGCAGUGGCCGGUACUGGUGAGCGGCUCACCGUCGGCGCCACCCGCGGGCCGUGAGAGGAUGGCCCAGCUGCUGUUUGAGGCCCUGGCAGUGCCCGCGUGCCACAUGGCCAGCACAGCGUUGCUGGCGCUCUGCCCUACUGGUGCGUUCAGCGGGCUGGCCGUGGAGGAGGGCGCCACGCCCGUCUAUGCGGACCACUGGUGGCACGAGGCCGCCUUCCAGCAGGAUGUGGCAGGCAGUACCCUGUCGCGCUACCUUACGGACCAACUCCUGGCAGCGUGCCCCGAUCUACGACUGCAAGUCCUGCCCCGCAAGACCCUCACACAGCUCAAGAAGCGCUGCUGCUAUGUAUUGCUGGAUUUCGAGGGUGACCUCCAUAACCCUGCCCGCCACCAUCCGGCCAGUUUCUGCUUAGACAGGUGCUCUGUCUGCCCUAGCAGGCACUUCCGCUGCCCAGAACCCAUCUUCCAGCCGGGUCUGAUAGGCCGAGCUGGGCCAGCACUACCCACACUGGCCUUCCAGGCACUGCAGAGGGUGCCUGCAACACUACGGACACGGCUGGUGGACACCGUGGUGCUGGCUGGUGGCUCCACACUUUUCCCUGGCUUUACUGAGCGUCUGGAGAUGGAGCUGGAAGCUCAGUGCUGGCAGCAUGGCUAUGGGGCACUGCAGCCUUGGCGUGGCACAGCAGUAUGGCCAAGUGGCUCCAUGGUAGCCUCACUGCACUCCUUCCAGUGCCACUGGAUAACCUGGGCCAUGUACCAGGAGUGUGGCUCCAGGCUACUGCAUGAAGUGUUCAACUGAGUCAUACUGGACUGGAGGAGAUGGUGCCACAAGGGGGUGUUGCAGAGGCAGA